CAGAAAAAAUAUAUACUCAACAUGGCGUUCUCCAUAGGUAUGUUUUGUUGAAGGUUCAUUUUACUGUGUACAUGUGUUGUUUUACCAACUAAAUUAAAUAUGGGUUCAACAGAUAAAAAGAAACGGAAACAUAAGACACUUUCACCUUCGAGAGAAAUUCACAACAAGAGACAGAGAUACAGAUCAAGAUCAAAAGAGAGAGUACGUAGAGAAGAUGUUAGUAAAUUGAAAUCAAAAGACCGUGGAAGAAGAUCAAGUUCACCUACACCACAUAAAACUGUGAAACAAAAAAGAUAUUCAAUAUCAAACUCAUCAGGUGAAUAUAGCACAGAUUCCUCUGGUUUCAGUAGAUCACGUUCAAGAUCUAAAUCCAAUGAAAAAAAACACUCUAGACAUGGUUCACCAAAAAGAAGAAAUCCUAGGAGGUCACAAUCCCCUAGAAGAAGGUCCUUGUCACCAAGAAGAAGAUCCUUGUCACCAUGGAGAUCUCAGUCCCCAAGGAGGAGAUCCCGGUCACCAAAGAGAAGAUCAAGGUCACCAAGGAGAAGAUCCCCAUCACCAUGGAAAUCCCGGUCACCAAGGAGAAGAUCCCGGUCACCAAGGAGGAGUUGCCGGUCACCAAGGAAGAGAUCCCGAUCACCAAGGGACCAGUCAGUAUCUGCAUCAAGUGAUUCAUCCAAAGAUUCUUCUUCCAGUAAUAGUUCAAGUGAAUCUGAAGAUGAAUUAAGUGAAAAAGAGAAGAAGAGACAAAUGAAAAAGAGAAAACAAGAAAGAAGAAAACUAAGAGAGGAAAGAAUGAGACUGAAAAGAGAAAAGAAAAGAAACAAGGAGAUGAUCAAAAUUACUGAGACUGCUGAAGAAAAAAGAGCUAGGAGGCUUGCUAAGAAGGCUGAAAAAGAAAGAAAACGAAAAGAAAGAAUGGGAUGGGAUAAAGAAAUGAUGGAAUACACAAAUGCUGAUAAUCCAUUUGGCGAUCCAAAUUUAUUAGAGACAUUUGUAUGGGACAAGAAAAAUAAGAAGAUGGGAAUAAAAGACAAUGACAAGGAAGAUUUAAAGAAGAAAAGUAGACAGAAGCAAAUUGAGAACAGGCUGGAAUUGCAGAAAGUGAAACAAAGAAGACAGGAAAGAGAACGAGAAAAAGAAGAAAGAGAUCGUGAAUUGGAAGUCAUGCAAAGACUGAAAGAAAAUGAGCAAUAUAAAGAAUGGGAACAACAAGAGGACAGUUUUCAUUUACAACAAGCCAAAAUGAGAUCUAAGAUUAGAAUCCAAGAUGGCCGAGCUAAAUCUAUUGACCUGUUAGCACAGUAUAUUAGUGCGGAAGAUGAAGACGACUUAGCUGUUGAAAUGCAUGAACCGUACAAAGUACUCCAUGGUUUAUCUAUCGUAGAUUUAGAAGAUCUUUUAGAAGACAUCAAAGUCUAUAUUGAGUUGGAACAGGGUAAAAAUGUGGACUUUUGGAAAGAUAUGACAAUAAUAACAGAAGAUGAGCUUGUAAAAUUGAGAAAAAUUGACCCUAAAGUUGCUGAUGAGGUUGAAAGAAGAGAAGGUAUCAAUGCAUCUGUUAGUUCAGAAGUUGCUGAUGUAUUCAAAGGAAAAACUUCCAACCAGCUGCUUGCUAUGAAAGAUCAAAUACUGAAAAGAAUUAAGAGUGGUAGUGCUGUUGAUAUUGGAUACUGGGAAUCCUUGUUACAACAAUUGAAGGCACACAUGGCUAAAGCAAGGUUACGUGAACGACAUCAAGAAAGAUUACGCAAUAAACUGUAUCGCUUACAACAAGAGCAAAGAGUAGCACCCAAACCACUAUUCCCAUCUGGAAUGACAGAAGAUGAAAGUAAUGAGACUGAGAAAGAUGAAGUAAAAGACAGUGAUGAGAUAGUAUUACCUCCUGAUGGUGAGGAGGAAGAGGAAGGAGAGGAGGGCGCGUCUAAACCCAGCACUAGCACAGCUGAAGAACAAGCUGAAGGCGAGUCGAUACUAACUGAAGAAGAUCUGAUCCGAGUAAGUCAAGAUGAAUAUACCAAUGGUAGAUACAGUCCUGUCUUGCUGACUAAUAAAGAUUUAGCUGCAGAUACACUCAUAUUUGAUGCUGAGGAAGAUGACAUCAGAUUACAACAUGCUAGAAAUCAAGUCUUGGGAACAGGUUCUGCCAAGGACACUGCUGAAGCUGAAUUUGAGAAAAAAGCACGUGAAGGAAUGGGACGAGAUGAAGCUACAUUUGCUGUGGAAGUCCCUUCAGAUAAAUUAUAUUUAUGGUCUGAUAAAUACAGACCAAGAAAACCAAGAUAUUUUAACAGAGUUCAUACGGGAUUUGAGUGGAAUAAGUACAACCAGACUCACUACGAUAUGGACAACCCACCACCUAAAAUAGUUCAAGGAUACAAAUUCAAUAUCUUUUACCCUGAUUUAAUUGACAAACGAAACACACCAGAGUAUACACUUACUUCUUGUGAAGACAACAGAGAUUUUUCAAUUUUAAAAUUUCAUGCUGGUCCUCCUUAUGAGGACAUUGCUUUUAAAAUAGUCAAUCGGGAAUGGGAAUAUUCACAUCGCCAUGGUUUCCGUUGCCAGUAUAGUAAUGGUAUUUUCCAGCUGUGGUUUCAUUUUAAGCGUUACCGCUACAGACGAUAAUAUCGUUGAAUAUUGUGGGGUUACAUUGUGUACAUAGGUAGAAUACUUGAUAGCUUCCAAACUCCAGCUCAUAUUUUUUUGAAAGAGACGAGAACAGAACCUGUUAUAGUAUUAUGGAAAUUUGAAUUUUGUUUCCAUUCUGAUUUAACAAGAGUUGAUGUAUAUUUCAAUUGUCCUUUUAAUACUCUCUGUCAGACGGCCGUUCAGUCUGUCAAAACAUAGUUGCAGCAUAAAACAGUAUGGUUGCAUGUGGGUAGGACUGGUUAUCAUACUAUUACAAGAGAUGGUCAGCAACCACGAUACAGGUCAGUGAGGUUGGUUACCAUGACUACUUAGAUUACAAGGAUUAUGUCAUAAGAGAAUUGAUAGCUGUUGUUUUACCAUCUGUUACUUAAUGCAUGGGCUUUGUUCACUUUGUUGAAAAAAUGUUCUGGCUCAUCAGCUUGUACAUGCAUUUCAAUACAAAAACCUCAGUGCCAGUGAAAAUAAUAUGAAAUUUCAAAACCACUACAAACAUUUUAAUUAUGCUGAAGAAAAGUUAUUGUCAAGUAACUUCUCAAUGAUAAAGAACAAAUAAAUUGGGGAGGGUGUCACCUGAACUUGUUUCCAUGGAAACAGUAACUUUCUCUUUGUGUUAAACUUUUGAAAAUUGAUUAAAAUGCGUACAAAUGAAAUUCAUAGUUUUAGGCAAUUGUUUGUUCACAGACUUUUAAAAACACCAGUCAUAGGGAAUAUUAACUUCCCAAAAUGCUAGGAAAUUCCUAUGUGAAGACUGUGUUAGCCACAACCAUCCUUUGCAGAGUUUGCAGUUGUAUGUCUAAUAAUUCCAUGUAACACUAAGCUUAUUACAGCUACUAGUAUACAAGAAUAUUAAAAUUGUCAUGCACACACUUUGUGAAUCAGAGACAAUAUACAAUGUAUUUGGUUCCUCACUAAAUUCAGAUUUACAUCAUUUCAAGUUCUGAAUGAUAAAAAGAAUAUAAGGCAAUUACAAGACUAGUUUCCAUGGUAACAAACGUGGGGUGUACAAUACCUUUCACUCUGCAACCCAAUAAUCUUUUUGUACUGAACAAAAAUGUCAACUAUUGAUAAGAACUAUGUCAUGGUGAUGUUAAUAUCUGAUUUUGUAUUAUUAAAAAAUGGCUUUCAUUUUGUUGAAUAAAUUUUAACUGAUUUAUGAUAUUUUGGAGUAGUGACAAUUUCCUAGGUGCCCUAAAGGUGCGAAGACACUUUGAGAUUCAGAAAAUUUUUGCCUCCAUGAAUGCCAUCAAAUUGUGGAAAUUAAAUGAUUUACAUUAUUUAUGCCAUGCUGCCCACAAUUGUAAACUUCAUACUUAUAUUUAAUACUAAUUGUGCCACUCUUGUGCUACAUGAAUUAAUAUUUAGAAACAUAUUUUAACACUGUUAUAACAAAAAAAGGAAAUGUUGUGAGUUGAAGGCAUGCAUGAUCUUUAUGUGUGCUCACAUAAAUGUCAGGAGUCAAAUUUAUGUCGCCAACAGAAAUACCUUUUGUAUCUUAUUUUGCAGUGCUUUUUGACAUUUGUAAGAUGCUCACUCAUGCCAUUAAAGGGGAAAGUCAACACAGCAGUAUGUUAACAGUUUGU